GGCACCACGCCAGACAAUGUCGUGGCCAUGUACGACGGCAAGACCGCUCGCCGCCGCAGCCUGGUUGACCUGGACGUUACAUCUGCCAACCGGCUGACCCAGCUCAAGUCCCAGCUGCAGCUGCGGGACGCUUACAUCGUCAGCACAAUGCCGUACGACCUGGAGCGAGAAGUGCAGGCUAAGAUGAACGAGCAAGCCGCACUUGAAGAGUACCGCCGUGUCCUUGCGACCUCUACCGCUGCACCUGCGAUUGCUUUCCUCGUCCGCCUGACGAUUGAGGUGUCGCUGCCUCCCUCACCGCCGCCCUCACCGCCGAUGAGCCCCGGCAAGAAGGCGCCACCGAAUUCACCGAACCGCCCUCCAACCCGCCCGAACAUUCCACCACGUCC